CAAAUCCCCAGUUGCCAAGAUCGCCAGCUAAACUGGAACACCGGUCGUGAACUACAUUAUAUUUUGAUUCUGUUUAAAAUCCGCCUCAGUGUUUCCGUAGCACAGUAGUUCAAACCCCCAGCUCAGCGCUGCUUUCCCUCGGGUGGACGUCGUCCAGUCGGACAUCGAACAAACAGAAACAGAAGAUGAAGGCUCGUCAGGCUGCUAGCGAUAGCCUGCUGGGAAACUAGCUCGUGUUUGUUUCAUUCGACCGUUUGUGAGGAAGACAACAUGACAACUCUAACGAGACAAGAUCUCAACUUUGGACAAGUGGUCGCUGACAUCCUGUGUGAGUUCCUGGAGGUCGCUAUUCACCUCAUCCUGUACGUCCGAGAAGUUUAUCCCUCGGGAAUAUUUCAGAAGAGGAAGAAGUACAACGUACCUGUGCAGAUGUCAUGUCACCCGGAGCUGAAUCAGUAUAUCGAAGACACGCUGCACUGCGUAAAGCCGCUGAUUGAAAAGAACGAUGCAGAGAAGGUGGUGGUGGUCAUCAUGGACAAAGAGCAUCAUCCAGUGGAGAGAUUUGUGUUUGAGAUUUCCCAACCUACACUGCUGUCCAUCAGCUCUGACACUUUACUUUCACAUGUGGAGCAGCUGCUGAGGGCGUUCAUCCUGAAGAUCAGUGUGUGUGAUGCUGUUUUAAAUAGUAACCCGCCAGGGUGUUCAUUUACAGUACUAGUACACACCAGAGAUGCUGCCACACGCAACAUGGAGAAGGUUCAAGUCAUCAAGGAUUUCCCGUGGAUAGUUGCUGAUGAACAAGAAGUCCACAUGCAGGAGCCGAGACUCAUCCCACUGAAGACCAUGACAUCUGACAUCGUAAAAAUGCAGCUCUACGUGGAGGAGAGAGCCCAGAAAACAUAGCUCCACACUCUGUAGAAACUCAGAUAGUGCAGCAAAAGCCUCUAUGUGACAACACUGAAUCAUCAGCUAAGUACUAGUAUAAUGCAGCCUCUCAGCAACAGCUUGGAAGAAACACGAGGAUGUGUUGAACACAUGGGAUUAUUAAGAGUGGGAUUUUCCUGUGGGAAUGUGUUUGAGAAGUUUGUAAACCUGCAGUUUGUGUUGGGCUGUUUCAUUUGUCUGUGAUUGAGGAACAUACCAUACACGUAUAGAUGGAUGUGCUUCUGUUCUUAUUGUCAUGUAUUGUGCAUUUUAAUGUUUUGACUGCAGAUCUUUAAAGUAACGUGAUCAUCAAGAUUGAAAUGUAGUUGCAACAUGACAACAACCUUCCAGAGGAUAUUGAAUCCUUGAUGAGAACCAAGAAUCAGUUUCACUUUAAAUCCCAGUUGUAUCAGAGGGGUUCAGCAGUGUUUUAAAUGUAAAAAUAUCCACUACUCAUUGUUCUUGGUAGGCAUUUUCUUUUGCAAAUGAUCACUGAGAAGAAGUAGCCUUGUCACAUCCUCUAGGAGGUCAGAGGUCAAGUUAUCUCAGUCCUUGAAGGGUGGUUACAGUGGCAUCAUGCAUGCUGUGCUAAAACUGCAGGAUAAACGUUCAUUGCGGGCUUCAUUAGAACAAAAGGAUCUCUGUGUGUUUUCACGUGUACAUUUGUAAGGUUCCCUUCUAUUUUUACAUGACUAUUGUAAAGUUGUGUUUUGCAUUUCAUUUUUAACAGUGAUGCUAUUGAUUAAUGCAAAAUGUAAAAUACUAUUAAAUUGUAAUUCAUUCUUUUUUGA